AUGACUGUUUGCGACAACACUGUGGUUCUCGUUACCGGCACCAGUCGAGGAAUCGGACGGACGUUGGUGGAAACCUUUCUGCUCCGACCUAAGCACACCGUUAUUGCCAGUGUUCGCGACACAGCUGCAGACUACGUCAAGGAGCUAGAGGCCUUGUCCAAGGCUGAUGGCUCGCGUCUUCAGCUAGUAAAGAUUGAAAGCAGCAACUCGGGUGACCCAGCGGCGGCCAUUAAGGAUCUCACGGACAUCGACCACAUCGAUGUGGUGGUGGCUAAUGCCGGCGGAGCCGGCGAGAAGGGCGUCAUCCCCUUGGACGUGGUGAGCCCCGAGAUCAUGACCGACGUGUUUACCGUGAAUGCGCUCGGACCCCUAGCCCUAUACCAGGCCGUCAAGCCUUUGCUGGAGAAGUCCCACGCCCCCAAUGCCAUUCACAGCGCCAACAAGGACUUCAUCGCAUUUGCCGUGCACCCCGGCCUCGUGCAAACGGAGAGCGGUAACAAGAGUGCCCGGGCGAUGGGCCUUCCCCAGGCCCCCGACUCCCAGCGACGGAGUGUCGAUUCCAUUCUAGGCCUGAUUGAUAAUGCGACUAGGGAGACGACAUCGGGAAAGUUCUUCAACGUGAUUGAUGGCACAGAGAUCCCGUGGUAG